CACAGUUUUUCCAAAGUCUGCAUUUCCUGUUUUUAUGUUUUUCAUUAUGAUGGCCUCUUUUUAAGCUUUUGGACAUUUGGUUCAGAGCUUCAGAGACAGACAUCCAACCUUCAUCCCUUCCUACUACUAUUCCACUUGCUGUUUCUCUACUCUUCAAAAACCAACCACUUUCACUCACAACCAUUCAUUCUUCCUCCAAAACUCAGUGUGAGUUUACUUUUUCUACCCUAAUCUGAACCCAGCCAAAAACACUUUCGCUUCCACCAAAAUCUGCUUUUUCGUUUUCAACUUGUGUUUUUAAUCAAUCAUCCGUGGAAAAGACUGCAUUUGUUUGUGUUUCUUGACUGUGCUGUGAUCUCAGCUUGCGGGUUUGUGACACAGAUAAAGAAAGGAAAAAAAAGAAAAAAAAAAAAGAAAAAAAAAAAAGAGGGAGAGAGUUUUUGGAGGUUGGCAGUUGAUUGAUAGAGAUUUACUUUGCGUUCUUGCAUUUUCUUUCUUCGACACGUCUGCAGAAAAGUUUGAUUCAAUGAUGAACGAAACCCUCAAGAAUCUUUGCUCUACUAAUGGAUGGUGUUAUGCAGUUUUCUGGGGUUUUGAUCACACAAAUUCAUUACUAUUGACAUUGAAAGAUUGCUACUAUGAAGAACAAAUGGGAGCGCUGAUUGAAUCUAUGCUUCUGCAAGCACAUGUAGUUGGAGGAGGGGUAAUUGGGCAAACUGCCUUUGCAAACAAACCUAUAUGGUUGGAUUCAGAUGCUCUUCAUGAAAGGAGAAAUUGUGCAGUAUCAUUUGAUGGUCUUGACAUUUUCCAGAAGGAUUCUGAGUUCUUUUACCAAUUUUCUAUGGGAAUAAAGACUAUUGCUGUGAUCCCAGUGGAACCGUGGGGAGUUGUGGAGCUUGGAUCUACUCACAAGAAACCUGAGAUGCACGAUUUUGUGGAUCAAGUGCAGCAAGUUUUCAGAGAAAUAGAUGUGAUUGAAGGUGUGGGAAAUGGGAGUCAUUCAGAUAGCCAUUUGUUUAAUUCUAGUAUGCAGCUUGAUUCAUCGUUGUCGAGUGGCAUUUUCCGUUCUGAGAAUUUGAUUGGAGCAGAUCAAUCUUUAGUCCUUCCUUGUCAACCAUUUCCUUGCACGAGCAAUCAACUUGAACACUUGCUUUUAGAGUCUCCCAAUUUUCUUGAUUGCUCUGCUUAUGCUGAUGAUUUUUCACUGCUGACUUCUUCUUGGCCUCAUUUGGAUAACACAUCAUUGUCCGAGCCAAGAGACGAAGAAUCUUGCAAAGAUUCAAGCUCGAACGCCCCUCUUGUCCUACCUCAACACUCGUCAAGAGAUAUAUCCAACGCCCAAGAUCUUAGUUCGUCUAUGAUAACUCCAACCGACUCUAAAGCUGAGAGACUGUCUGGCUUACAGACUGUGGAGGAGUUUUUCGCGCAGUUGAUUUCUCCACAUACUGCUCGAGUUGGCACGGAUUCUAGUGGACUUAUGAAGGGGUCGAGUUUGAGUGGAAGGAGUAGAACUUCUUUUCCAACCACUUCAUUGCAAAGCUCAGUGACUUAUGCCUUGGGACCAAGUGGUGAUGCUAAGUGUUCAAUGGGAGUCGAACGUGUUAGGAAUGAAUCUGAAUGCAUCUCAGAGAACAAUGUUGGCUCCAAGAUGAGCAGCUCCAACAGUUUGUUCUCCAAGUUAGGCCUGGACCAGCUUUUGGAUACUAGCCCUUCUUCGCUUGACAGAUCACCGUUUGAGGAUCAGUCAUCGUCUGCUGCUAAGAGGAGAAGAACAGGCAACUUCUCAUGGAGCCAAAGCCAAGUGAAAUUUGAUGGGAAACUGAAAUCAUACAACCCUGAGGCAAAGAACAAUCGAGUUAGUAGUGAAGACUCCAAGAAGACGAUGCGUUCAUGUAUUGAUGAUAGUUGUAGAUUGGAUGCUAGUACGUCGAGGAGGCAUGAGGAACAGGUGAGAACCAAGAAAAAGAAGGCUAAGCCGGGGACCAAACCAAGGCCAAAAGAUCGACAGAUGAUCCAAGACCGGCUUGGAGAGUUGAGGGGGCUCAUUCCCAAUGGAGAGAAGAUGAGCAUCGAUCGUUUGUUGGAACGAACCAUCAGACACUUGAACUUCAUGCAGAGUCUCACCAGACAUGCUGAAAGUCUUAAACAAAUUGCUAAGCCAAAGUCCAUGGAGGUCUGGAAAAAUCAGUCCAUGAAUGGUGGUGAUGGUGGAGUUACAUGGGCGUAUGAAGUUGGCAACGAUGCUAUGGUUUGUCCACUCAUAGUUGAGGACCUUAGUACGCCUGGCCAGAUGCUUAUAGAGAUCCUCUGCGAAGAACACGGCUUCUUUUUGGAGAUUAUAGAGAUUGUUCGAGGUUUUGGCUUGACGAUCUUGAAGGGAGAGAUGGAGGUCCGUGAGAUGAAGAAGAUAUGGGCUCAUUUCAUGGUGGAGGCUGAGGGCACACGGUAUGUCACACGCCAUGAGAUCUUCUCGUCCCUCAUUCAGCUCUUGCAGAUGACGGGGCAGAGUGCAGCCAACGGCAAUGUUGGUAUCUCAGUCUUCAACAGUUUCCAACCUUCUGCCACAUUUCCUCUCAACUUUGGUGAUGCCCUUCAAUGUGCAAGCUUGUGACAAUGUCUCAUUAAGAAAUCACUUUGAAGUUUGAUGAGUAAACUUAAUACAAAGGCUUGUAGUCUUAGAUGAUGUCAGAAAUUGAGUGUUGGAGUAUAUAUAUAAUAUAUAUAUAAAAUAUUGAUAUAUAGUAAUUUUGUUUUCUUUGUAGGAGUUGUGUGUCGUAUAAUGUAUGAGGGGCACUUGUGAGAGGAGAACAAUGCUUGUGUUCUCCAACUAUUCUGUUAGAUGUUUCUUUGAGGGUAGUAGGCUCAUUUAUUGAAGCUGACAAAUUUAGUAGUUAUAUGUAGCCUAACUUCUGAAUUGUUAAUUGUUAAUUGUGAUGCUGCAUUUCUGUAUUUGUGCAUAAAUUAAUCAAUUAAUUGUGGCUCCAUCUGAUAUUGGAGCCUAGUGAUUUACUUC